AUGCGGGGACUAUUCCUGUUCUACGUGUCCCUCGUGGGCGCUGCGGUCAUUGGACCCCGUACUGAUGGGCCUGAUCAGUGCCCUGGUUACAAGGCCAUCAAUAUCAAAGAACGUGAUAAUUCCCUUAUGGCAGAUUUGGUUCUGGCUGGUGAUGCCUGCAACUUGUACGGCUCUGAUCUGGUAAACCUCACCCUGCUGGUGGAGUAUCAGACAAACAACCGCCUUCAUAUAAUCAUUCAAGAUGCCGAUGAGGACGUCUACCAGGUUCCCGAGUCUGUGGUGCCUCGGCCCGCUUCUACAAGCACUCAUCGUGAUGCUUCUGUCCUCCGUUUUGAUUACCAGCCUGAGCCAUUUAGUUUCAGAAUCCUGCGAGGUGAAGAAAUCCUGUUUGACACAACUGAUACCAACAUUGUCUUUGAGACGCAGUAUCUGAACCUUCGCACCUGGCUUCCGAAUGACCCCAAUCUCUAUGGUCUGGGUGAACAUUCUGAUUCCUUGCGCAUGCCAACCACAAACUACACUCGUACACUAUGGAGUCGUGAUGCGUAUGGUAUUCCUGCCAACAGUAACCUGUAUGGCAACCACCCCGUCUACGUGGAUCACCGCGGGGACCAAGGCACUCACGGCGUAUUCUUUCUGAAUUCCAACGGUAUGGACGUCAAGGUCGACAAGUCCUACGAUGGUAGACAGUUCUUGGAAUACAAUACACUCGGUGGCGUCUUGGACUUCUACUUCUUAGCUGGCCCGACCCCCAAGGAUGUCAGCAUGCAGUACUCGGAGGUCGUCGGCCUUCCUGCCAUGCAAAGCUACUGGUCUUUUGGUUUCCAUCAAUGCCGAUAUGGAUACCAGGACGUGUAUGAGGUAGCUGAAGUUGUCUACAACUACAGUCGUGCACACAUUCCCCUGGAGACUAUGUGGACAGACAUUGAUUACAUGGAUGCCCGCCGGGUCUUCACCCUGGAUCCCUUGCGAUUCCCGCUGAAAAAGAUGACCGAGUUGGUAACCUACCUGCACAAACACAAUCAGCAUUACAUUGUGAUGGUUGAUCCAGCUAUCAGUGAUAGUGAUAAUGGUGCCUUCAACCGAGGCAAGGAACGCAGUGUCUUCCUCUACCGUGAUCAAGACACUCUCUACAAAGGUGCCGUCUGGCCCGGCGUAACCGUGUACCCAGAUUGGUUCAAUCCCGAUACCCAAGCUUAUUGGAACGGCGAAUUCCAGCGGUUCUUUGAUGAGAAGAGCGGAGUUAACAUUGACGGUCUGUGGAUCGACAUGAACGAAGCCUCCAAUUUCUGUCCCUGGCCCUGCAAGGACCCGGAAAGCUACGCACAGCACAAUGAUCUUCCUCCGGAUGCGCCUGCGACCCGUUCUCCGCCUCGCCCUUUGCCUGGUUUCCCCAAGGACUUUCAACCGACCACUGGUGGUUCCGUUGCAUCCAAACGUUCCCUUAAUUUGGAAUCCCGAGACACUAAUGGUCAAAAGGCUGGGUUGCCUGGUCGCGAUCUAAUUGCUCCUCUAUAUCAGAUCGCCAAUGCUGCUGGGUCCCUUAGCAACAAGACUAUCGACACCGAUCUUAUGCAUGCUGGAAAGGGAUAUGCCGAGUAUGAUACGCACAAUCUCUAUGGCACCAUGAUGAGCUCUGCGUCUCGCAACGCCAUGCUUCAACGCCGUCCCCAGGCUCGGCCGUUAGUGAUUACACGAAGCACAUUCGCCGGUGCUGGUGCCCACGUCGGCCACUGGCUUGGUGACAACCUCAGCCAAUGGGAUAAGUACCGCGUCUCCAUCGCCCAGAUGCUAGAAUUCGCCUCAAUCUUCCAAAUCCCCAUGGUCGGCUCGGACGUCUGCGGCUUCGGCGGUGACACAACCGAAGAACUAUGCGCACGCUGGGCCACCCUCGGUGCAUUCUACCCCUUCUAUCGUAAUCACAACGAACUAGGCAGCGUUGACCAGGAGUUCUACCGCUGGUCCUCUGUAGCCGAUGCUGCCCGCGAGAUCAUCGACAUCCGCUACCGACUCCUGGACUACCUUUACACGUCAUUCCAUCGCCAAACAGAGACAGGCGAGCCAUUCCUCCAGCCACUGUUCUACGUGUACCCCGCCGACCCGAACGUCUUCAACAACCAGCUUCAAUUCUUCUACGGUGAUGCAAUCCUCAUCUCACCUGUCCAAGACCAAGGCCAAACAUCUGUUGACGCCUACUUCCCCAAUGACCUAUUCUACGACUGGCACACUGGUGAGAAAAUUACCGGCUCUGGCGCAACAAUUACUUUGUCGGAUAUCGGUAUCACUGAGAUCCCGAUUCACAUCCGCGGUGGCUUUAUCAUUCCUCUGCGCUCGACAAGCGCGAUGACGACAACUGAGCUUCGUCGUCGUGGCUUUGAGAUUGUCGUUGCACCGAAUGAUGCGGGUACUGCUAAAGGCCAGCUGUACCUUGAUGAUGGCGAGUCACUCUCCCCCGAUGCUACCUCCAUGGUAGACUUCGAGUAUGACAACGGCCAGUUGCAUAUUCGUGGGUACUUUGGGUAUCAUGAGAAUGUCAUUGUGGAGUCUGUGACCGUGCUUGGUCAGGGACAUAACCAUGUUCGCCGGAACGAGGAAUCUGAGGCAUUUGAGGAUGUCUCGUUUGAUUCUAGUCGACAGGCAUUGACUAAGGCUGUCCACAUUCAGUUGACUGGUCCGACGGUCAUCGAUAUCAUUGCUUGA